ACGGGCACAGUCCCGGUGCACGUCCCCAGGAGCAAUGGCAAGGUGGAGGCGGUGGGUGCCCCACGCCGAGGGUGCCAGCGGGGCAGCGAUGGGCUCCCCGGGGCUGGCGCUGGGAGGGUGACGGGCUCCGUGCUGUCUCUCCCUCCCCAGGCAGUGGUUGUGGGGUGAGAUGGCGUGGCGGGCGCUGGCGUUCUGCCUCUCCCUGGCCGCGGCGGCAUCCGCCGAUUGUGUGACCCAGUGCUCCCUCUGCGCGGUCCAGACCCGCGGUGCCGAGAGCAGCGUCCGGCCCCUGAUGUGCCUGUGGGAAUGCCAGGGCUCCUCGCCGCCCACUCCCGAGUGGGAGACGUGCAGGAAGGCGCUGGCGCUCCUGGCUCCGUUGGUGGCCCUGGCCGAAGGGACAGAACCAUUCCCUCGGGAGGUGGAGGAGGACGAGGCAGAGCCGGAGCAGGAGCUGGUGGGUCCUGGGGAGCUGCCGCUGGCACCGGCCAAGCGCUAUGGGGGCUUAAUGAAGAAGAUGGCCAAGGGGAAGCUGCUCUCCUUGCUACGCGAGAACGCCCACAGCAAGGGUGGCCUCAGCAAGAAGUUUGGGGGCUUCAGCCGCAAGCUGGGGGAGCGGGCGGCCCCCGAGGACUACCCGGGGCUGGGGCGGGCAGGCGACGGGGGCGAGGAGCCCACGGGUGCCAGGGCCGAGGGGCAGGAGCUGGCGGAGCUACACAAGCGUUACGGCGGCUUCAUGCGCCGGAUCCGACCCAAGCUCAAGUGGGACAAUCAGAAGCGGUACGGGGGCUUCCUGCGGCGGCAGUUCAAGGUGACCACGCGGUCGGACGAAGACCCCAGCACCUACUCAGGGGAGGUCUCGGACCUAUAGAGCCGGCCGUGCGACAGGCGGCAUCACGGUCCCCACGCUGCCGGCCCGGACUGCGCCGUCACCCCCAGCCCCCGCCCAGCCCAGCGCGACCAGCGUCAUCCCUGCCUCGUCCCCCCAGGGGACCGUGGGUCCCCAUCCCCAGUUGUCCCUCUCUGGUUCACCUGCCCAUCCCUUAGGGACCCUUGUGCAUCGAGGGGACGAUGCCACCCCUCCGGCUGCUGGCGGUGUGGCUGCGGGUCCAGCCCCAGGGCUCCUGGGGACAAAUCGAGGGGGGGGAACCCCAUGUAUCUUCCACCCUCCCGCGGCUGCAGAAGUGCAGCAGGGUCUGGAAACCGUCACAGCUGAUGUACAGGGCAAUGGCCUCUGAGCACCGGGAAGGAUGAGCUGGGGCAGGAUCAAGCCCUCGGGGCUCGUAGAUGGCUCACGCAGCCAGCACAGCUGUGGGGAGAGGUGGCUGGGCAGGGCUGGACCCGCGGCACCAUCACCGGGGCAGGCAGCCGGCCGAGAACGACCCCGACUCUCCUCCCCGAGCCGCUCGCCGUAUCCCACCCGUCCCAGCGCCCGCCUGGUGCCCCUGGGUUUCCCCCCUCUGAGAAGACCCCCGGAGGCAGGGUCCGACCCACGCCCCGGCCCCCGCUCCCCCCGCAGCCAAUAAAAGGCAGAUGCCAACGA